CUGCAGUGUUUGCAUUCCUCCUCCCUCCUUUGAGACUGACAGCCCGUUAGCUGCUGCUGCUCACCGGCAAUGAUACAGCAAACACGGACACUGAAAGACACACCGAGAUGGACUUAGCGAGCACUUUUUACCACUACAAAGACGGAUAUUAUUUAGACAUCGUUGUCUAUUAAGUUUAUUUUUCGCCAGGAUCAUUUUUGUUUCGGGGAAAAAGGAGACUCGACGUGCAAGAGAGGAAUUGACGCGACGACUGAAUUCCUGCGACAUACACCGGCCAGCUAGAAGCUUUCACGUUCACUUUGAAGACCACCUGAGUAAACCUAAACUAUUCUGGGCUAGACUUAUUUUUGUGUGUUUAAUUGUGACACUAAAUAUCUUCAAAAUAAUCGUAAUAAGUAGUGAAGAGACAAGUUGUGGAAGAGCGUGUCUAAUUGCGACUGGCGACCCAACACAGCUUGAAGCUAACCGACGGUUAGCUGAAUUUCACAUUCUUUGUUUUAUUUAUUUACUUAGCCAAUUGAAUACAGUGUUGAUGUCUUUCUGAUGUUGGAUUAAUACUUGUGUUAAGAAGAGUAACACCGCUUAUGAGCUAGCGUUUCGACAACGUAACGACAGCCCGGAUCGUUUAGCUUGAUUUUUAAAGGACAUAAAUCACCUGACUUAUGGCUCGUUAGUAUCGCGGUACUGCAGCUGACCCAGCUAGAAGGUAGCGCCAGAAGCCAGAAGCCACUUCUUGAUCUUUUGCAACUCAUUGAAGGUAAAGAUGCACCACCAGGACUUUACUGGGGACCCGUCUGGGACCGGGAAUAGGAAAACGGCUCACCACUACAGGAGGGGUAGCAGCGGCGCGCCUGCCUCCUCCUCCGCCGGUGGCAGUGGAGUCAACACGGCUGACGACAAUCCCACCCAGGCUGGAUCCAGUUCUCCCGGACUCCACCACCAGCCGCUGUCCCAAGUGUCUGGCGCUCAGGUGAAGAAGAAGAGCGGCUUCCAGAUAACAAGUGUCACAUCAGCUCAGAUCAACGUGAGCGGCAACAACAGUUUAGCAGAUGACACCGAGAGCUAUGAUGAUAUGGAUGAGUCACACACAGAAGACCUCUCCUCCUCCGAUAUGCUGGAUGUUUCCGUGUCCAGGGCCACAGAUACAGGUGUGCCGGAGAGAAGCUCUUCAGAUGAGACCCUCAACAGUUUCCAUGGGGUCGAUACACCUGGAAUUGUAUCACCCAACGAGCCUCUUCACCAUCAUUCCAUCCCUCAGGGGUCUCAGCAGCACACCUCUAUGGUAAAUGGGACCAUGCAGUCUCAUUAUUACCCUCAGCAACACAGCCAGCCCCACCAUCAUCACUCUGAUAGUUUGGGAGGAGUUGAACCCUCAUUGUCAGCUCUUCCCAUUGCUCCCGUGGGUAGCUCCAGCCCAGCUAUGGCUUCCAAAGCCGGGCCUAGCCAGAGGCCACCGGUGUUGGAGGCUGCAGGUGGAACAACCCAACCACUAGCCCCUAUUGUUGGUGGGACAGCCACUGAUCCACAUCUACAAGGCAGUGGGAACGUUCCUAAUGUGUCAGCUAACACUGCUGCUGCAGUUCCUUCUACUUCUGGGCCUGCAGGUUUUGACAACACUAGUGUGAGUGGACAAGUAGCUUCUGUUGGAGGAGGAACAGGACUCUCUGCUGCUGCCCCCAACGCUCAAACCCAGCACACCCAAACUCAGACAGCUAUUGGCUCUCGUUUUAGGGUGGUCAAACUAGACACUAACUCUGAGCCAUUCCGCAAAGGAAGAUGGACAUGUACAGAGUAUUAUGAAAAGGAGGUUCCUCAUCCAACGACAUCUGAGGCACCAAAAGGCGUGGAGGUGGCUGUAGAGACUGAGGCUGGUAACGCUGGGAUUAGUCAGCAGGGCAUACCUGCUGUACAGCCACCUCACACGCUUCAGCCGCCGAGUCAAGAUUUCACUAGUCCACAAGCCAUGCAGAGCCCACCACAGGGACUGGCACAAACCACUCCUCUGACCUAUGUUUCACCCCAGGAGAUUGUUGGUGGGACCCACAUGCAGCACCCAGUGGCUCCUGUCAGUGUCCCUUCUACAGCGACAUCACAGGCUCACCCUGUAAUACCCCAGCAGCUGCCCUAUACUGUGGAUCCCCACCAGGCUCAACCCCAAGGAGGCUACCAGUUCCAUGGAGGGGUCAUAGCCCCGGGAAGUGUCCGGCAGCCAGACUUUAUCCAGCCUACUGCUCCCUUCCAGACCCAGGUCCAGCCUCCGCUGCCGCAUGUUACAACAGGACUCUCCAUAACGCCGGUUUCAGGGGUCAUGGCACCGCCACCGAUCAGCAUUCCUCAGCAGCUACCCCAUCAAGGUUCGGUAGCCCCAGCUGCCCAGGCAACCUUUGCCGGACAGCCACAGACCCUGCCAACUCAACCUCAACCACAGCCACAAGUCCAGUCCCUCUCCACUGCUACAGUCCCAGUAGCGCCCACCCAUGGGACCCCCUACAUGCCUUUGAGUGCACUGCAAGCUGACCUCCAGCCUCUCCUCACCCCGGGUGCCACCUUCACCCAGGUCCCUGGAGGAGGGAGCUCCAUAAGAACAUCCCAGCUGGAGGAUGCCCAGAAGCUCCUGCUCCAGCACCAAGGCCUGCUGGGUCUGCCCAGGCUAGGGGCCGCAGCAGGUGGGGAUGGGGCUGCACAGGCCGGUGGCGCUGCCGGAACCCUGGCCCACAUGGGGAUGUCAGCUGAGGCCAGCGCCUUCAUGGUCGCUGCUGCUGCAGGCCUCAGGACUCAGCAUGCUGAAGGAGAGGAGGACAGCUCUUCCGGUGCAAGUGUGGUGGCCAUUGACAACAAGAUUGAACAAGCAAUGGACCUGGUGAAGAGCCACCUCAUGUACGCCGUGCGCGAGGAGGUGGAGGUGCUGAAGGAGCAGAUUAAAGAGCUGAUCGAGCGUAACACUCAGCUGGAGCAGGAGAACAACCUGCUCAAGAACCUGGCCAGCCCCGAGCAAAUGGCUCAGUUUCAGGCACAGACAGAAACUGGCGGCUCCCCGAAUGGCACCGCCCAGCCUCCGGUCCCGGCCGGAACCACGCAAGUCCUCCCUUCCACACAGAGCUCCGGCACAUCUGCGUAACACAGAAACGGCACACUGGAGAAGCCCCCCCCCCCCAGAGGAUGAGAAAUAGGGGGAAUGGAAGGAAGAAGAAAAGGAGGAGAAAGAAGUUUUGCCAUACUGUGAACUGACUCUAACAUCAAGACCGACUAUGCCACCGUCUCGAGGAGGGCACACGUCAGCUGAACCGGAGGACAAUUUUUGUUGUCGUUGCACAUUUAAUUGAACUGAAAGACUUUGAAAUUGCACCGGUGUGUGUGUGUGUGUGUGUGUGUGUGUGUGUGUGUCUCUGCUUUUAUUACCUGCCUCAGACCAUCGUCGUCUUCAAUAUAGUGUUGAUGAGCGGAAGGACAGAGCUGACAGGAACUGACAGUCGACCCUUACAGCCGCUGCCAUUGUUCAGAGCCGCCAGCGGAGGAAGGAGCGGGGUCCCGGCCAAUCAGUGGGAGUAUGCUGCACGCUCUUGUCAGUGCUGUCGAAUCCCUUGCUGUGUGACCUGUGGAAAGUGUGCCAUCAUCUUCGGCCCCCCCCCACCUCAACCCAGCACUGUCCAUCCGCACACACUUUUUUUUUUUUUUUUUUUUUACUGCUGCGUUCCAUGCACUUUCGGACGAUAUUAACAGCGGACGAACUAUAAAGAUGUGUACGACCCAUCUGGAAUGAGAGUCAAACAGCCCAGCUUACAUUUUUCUUUAUCUGAAGACGAUGAUAAUGUCUUCUUGAUGUUUGAGGGUUGAGAGGGGGUUAUAAAGGAUUACGAAAUAUACAUUAGCUGUGCCUCAUUGUUUUCGCUUCGAGAACUCUGUUCUCUUCAAGGUUCCCAUUACCAUCCCCACCUUCAACGCACUCUCCCCGGUCUCGGAUGGAGCAUUCAACAUUUAUGCAGGGAGUCAAGGUUUUUGUACGAGAAGUUUGUUUGUUUCAAUGUUUCCGCUCUUGUUGAUGUAAUUAACGUCCUAGUGAUGCGUAAAAAAGUAAUUGAUGGAAAGGCAAAUAAGUAGGACAUGACUGUUUCUCAGUAGUGAACUUUGUACAGAUAAAGAAUUUCCAAUUCAAGUGCCUGGUUUCUAACCAUAGAUACAUAUAUAAAAGCUUUUUUAGUUGUUUUAUUCAAUAUGUGUAUAUAAAUGUGUGUGUAUGUAUAUAUAUAUAUAUAUAUAUAUAUAUAUCUAUGGUUUUGCCAGGUUUUAAACUACCUGUGAUGUCAUUACUCAGGUUGGGAACACGAGGAUAAUUUACCUCGACACUAAGAUGCUGUCUCUCCUGCAGUGACAUACGGCAUUGUACUGUAUGCGAACUCUCUUCUGCCGUUGCUUAUCUCAAAUACUCAAAUUAUCUGGACUGUUCCACCGCUUGGGGACGUGUGAUAUUGUUUGUUUGUUUUCAUGAAUGACAAUGGUUUCUUUUUGUACAGCCAAGUGUUUUUGAGUUGCUCGUUGUGCAACUGGAGCGCUGAACACAAUAAUGACACACUUGGCAAAGAAAAGGAAAAGGCCUAGCAGAAGUAUGUCGAUGUUUUGUGCAUGUUCCUCAGCCCAUCACAAAUGUGACGUUACAAUUGCACUAGACAGUUGCACCUCAAAUAAAAACAAAAAUGUAAAA